AUGCCAGGAUUCCAAAUAUCAAACACUGACAAGCAGAAAAUUGCUGAAAAAUACUUCUGCCUUUAUUGCCUUUUGCUGUUAAGAGAUGCGAUGCAAACAAGCUGUGGUCAUUUCUACUGCCAGUCCUGCUUGGAGAAACUUUUCACGUAAGUUUUUACUACGCUUGAUUUAAAAUACUGUGAAUAAAAUUCAAACUGCUUGGUUGAAUCACAGAGCAGAGUUUUCUAUCCGGAAUGGCUUUUAGCAUUUACGAAGAAAGGCCCCUGUGCUUGCAAGGCCCGUAAAUCACUGGCAACCAAAUUAUAAUAAAAUAGUUUCAUAUUUUGCGAAUUUCAGUCUAACAGAUAGGAUACUAUAUAUUUUUUCGUAGGGAUGUGAAUGAAAUGGUGAUGAUUUGUCUACAGGACCAGCAGCGCCUUCUGUCAAACGAGGUACGUAAUACUUGUCGUGAAGUAUUUUCUAGGUUGUUUUGAAGAUUUGUGUCAUGCGGUAUUUAGUUGAUUUUAUGUUCGUAUUUGAAGUUUCACUCGUGCUUGGAGUCUCGUUCAGUCAAGGUUAAUCCAAAUUUGUGUCUUCAGGUUUUUUAAUUGAAUGUUAUCACCUCUUUAAUGGUUUUAUUAACAUAAGUGUCAUUUAUCUUGGCGGAAAGGUUCAUAAUUAAUUAAAUACAGUGAGUGCAUGUCAGACAUUGAAGUGGACACGUUUGGGAUUAUAGCUGACUUGAUUAUUACCCUACUCAUCAAGUAUUCUUGUUUUGGUUUAAGGUAGAGCCUCUUGGGUUCGGUUGUCGAGAUUUCAUUGGUUGUCUUGUAUUUGACAUCCCUUGACAUGAUUAACCGCAUAGGUUUCUUUUCAAUUCACCCGGCCGGCAUUUUGGUGAUCAAAAGGAAGUUCAUUGAAGUCGCUAGGGAGUGUGUUGGAAACUUUCAUGGUCAGCAAGCCCGGGUGUAUAUUUAGACUGUAAAUAAAGCUAGAGAUGUGAAAGGUUUGAACGCAGAAGUCAUUUCAUAAGUACGUUGAGCAUGAACGUAGUCGUGACCCAGACCUGUUGUUGACAGUGACUGACGUUUCGACAACCUAUGUGAUACUCAUCUUCAAAGUCAAAGUCAGUUGUAUAACGUCAGUUGAUGGUAUUAAACACUGUUUAAUUUGUCCUGAUUGGCCAAUUAAGUCGCGAUUUUAUUGGUCGUCUGUCAGAGUUAAGCGGUGAUGUUAUUGGCUAUGAAGAAUGUCAUUGGUACGUUUCGAUCCCUGGCAAACGUCACUGAUCACUGCUGAUUGAUAGUCAUCAGUUACUGUCAUCCUACAAACGACUUACUGACGGACUCAAGCUAAACUAACUACGAGAGAAUAACUGUACAACCGACAAUAAUGCUAUUGUGAAACUGAUUAUUGUGUUAGCCACCUUCUUCAUUCUUGCAGGUGUUGGAGCACAUUAUUCUGUGUAGUUUUUGUGGCUGUAUCAUGAGCGUGUUUUAAAGUUAUAGAGGGGGACCUCCAACCCCGGCCCCCCGGGCACUGGAAGUAAGAAAAAGCCCGGUCUGAAUAGGGCUAAAGGACGUAGUUUGCUUAUUACAUAUAUUCUCUUAUAAAAUUCAAAUUUGACGAGUCCGAUAGAGUUUGGACUGCUGGUGAGACUUACCGUAAUAACAAGGCGAAUCAUCGUUUGUUUUUGCUAUUCUCUCAUUAUUGUAAAAUAUCAGCGGGUUUGCCACAUUUGCUAGCUACAUUUGCUACCUUUGGAUAACAAAGGUAAUGCGAAAUGAGUUCACAUACAUGUGGUCGUACGAACAUCUUUGAAAUGGUCAGUUCAGGGUGCAUUGAUCCGGCGUGCUGGCAUAAAGUUACAAUUUUGAAUUAAAAUUGCUAUAUCAUAAUUAUCAAAUGUGACUGACAAUUGCUUGCAGGUUUUUCCUGAUAAUUUUAUGCGUCGAGAGGUACUUACCCUCGUUGUUCACUGUACAUUCAUGGAGGAUGGGUGUGCUUGGAAAGGAGAAGUGAGACACCUUGAGGUACUAAAUUGCAUAUCAAAAUCAAACAACUAGAACUACGGGUGAAAGUAAUAGAUUGCGCGGGCUUAACGGGUGUCUGGGUAAGAAAAAUUUGAAAAAUUUAUAUAUUCUUGCAGUUUUGUUGCUUUUGCUACAAUCUUUGAGCGAAUAGUGGAAUGUCCCGUAUUGAGCGAGACCUAAAGCCCGAAGAAUUGUGAUUCAACAUGGCGUCAAAUAACGUAAUGAUGUUGGAAAAUACAUUUUCCCGGUAAUGAAAAAAAAAUACAUAAUUGGAAAAGGUGUUGCCAUGGAAGAACCAAGUACCGUAAAAAGGUGAUUGAUGUAGAAAGAUUGUCCCUGAUAAAUCUCAGGACAAAACAAGAAAUUUUGCGAUUUAUACCGUUGAGAGAUUCCAAGGUUUGAAUACUCAAGUAUUCUUUCCCCCUCAAAACGUUUUUUUAAAAUUACGGUAGAAGAUGGACGAAUAACCUUUUUCCUUUUCCACAGAGCCACACGUCUGGUUGUGAGUUUCUUAAAGUUCCAUGUGUACAUCCUGAGUGUAGCACGCUCGUGAAGAAAGCUGAUCUUAAACAACAUUUAGAGAGGUAUUGCAUGUACCGGCCUCAGAAAUGUGAAUUCUGUGCGAGGGAAAUUCCUUUGACCAAUUUAAAGGUAUCCAACAUUUUAUUCUGCUUAUUCAUUAUUUAUAAUAUUACUAGAAACUGGUUUUGGCUAUUUAUAAACCCAGCAGUUCUUUAAAACACUUCUGCUUUCAGACUUACGAAAACAAUCUCGAAUGAUCAUCUUUUUUCUCUCAGCCCUUAAAAUAAUGUCAAUACAUUCUCAAACACGUACAAGCCUCCACCAAGUGGAGCAGCUAAGGAGUACGAGUUGUAUCUUAAAUUCCUUUUCAAUUGUAGCUUCAUCAGGAGAGGGAGUGUCCUUUAUAUCCAGUUAUCUGUAACAAAUGCAGUAAAGAUGCUAUCCCCAGACAAAAGGUGAGAGGAAAUUUUCUAAACAGGUUGAUAAAGAGAGGGACUCAGGCUGUGGAAUAAUCUUAUGGGUAAUCCCUCACACCCUCUGCAGGAUCUUCUCCCCCCUCACAAGCGGAGCAAGGCUCUACGCGGUGAACUACGUUUUUACCAGGUUCAACGUGUUAAUACUGAAAGGUUUAAGAACUUAUUCGGGGAACUUAUGCUUUGACGUCUAUUCAAGUCCACUUACUCUUUUAUCAGUAAUCACUUUAUUAUUUAACAUUUAAAAGUUGGCAGAUCAUCAGGAUCCUGUUUUGGGAGACUGUGACGGAGUAGAAGGUCCAUGCCCCUUUGCACAGAUUGGGUGCACUAAAACCGAGGUGAGAUACAUCGUAUUUAUUCACACUUUUGUUCCAGUGGCUUUUGCCCCACUAAAGACGUGAUUUUGCUUUCUCUCCUCCUCGAAAAUUGACCAGACCCUGAUUUUUAGGAGAAAAAAAAACAAACAAAAACAAAACAAAAACAUCACGUCUAAUUUUAAAAGCGGCUACUAAUAUUUUAGUUUCCUGCAGUUAAGAAGUCGACGACGGUGUGUUUUUUGGCAUAUUAUUGAAAAGAACUGUCUGUAGUUAUCUGCUAUAAGCAGUACAUGAUGUGCCUGCUAUAUUUAACUAUUGCAUCCAUUUUAUGGUACUGUUAUAAGUUCAUGUUCAGGUAAUGUUAACUAUGCUAAUAGUAGGCAACUGACCAUGGGAGAAAUUGUGGCACUGUAUAUCAGUAGAACAGUGGAGGACAAUAAUUGAGUUUUAUAAAUAAAUCAACUGACAUAAGAGUUUUUUGUAGACUGAGAAAACAGCCGACAUUUGGAGACGCUACCACGAGCGCAGAAAUAGUCCAGUUUCGAGUUCGCUAUGACCACCGAAUUAAAGAAGUGAAGAAGCAUUUUUUACCGGCUUAGCCUCCAUCUGAAGAAAAUAUAUUUAAAAUUCCAACGAGAGAAAGACCUGUUUAUAUCACACCACCACAACAACAAUCUUUAUUUGUACUCACUCUUGCUCAAAAAGGAAUUACAACCAUGAAAAUAUUAAAAGUAAAAAUUAGAGUUCUGGCUGCCUGGAAAAACCAUGGGGGCUAGCGGAGCCAGGCAGCCUGUUGAUAUCACCAUUAAAUAAAAUUAAAGGCCAGCAAGAAAACUGAAGCACAAAUGCACACAUAAAAAGAAAAAGAAAAAAAAAGGGAGAAGAGGAAAAAUGCUAUUUCUACGCUAUGAAGGAAGUCUAAAAUGGUUAAAUUUAUAAAUGAAUACAAAACAUUAAUAUAAGAAGAACUUGAAAACGUGACAGAAUUUAACAAAUAAAAGACUAUUUUACAGGUAAUUUGGGAAACAACACAACUGCUAAUAAGAACACAAGUAACUAAAAAAACGUUAAAAUCUUUGACAAGAUCGCUUUUUACUGAUUCCUUGAAGUUUGAAAUAGAGAAGGUUUUCAAAUUUUCACUGAUUGAGUUCCAUAUUUUUGGGCCCUUAAAUCUUAUGUUAAAUAUUCCAUAAUUUGUUCUUCCUUUAGGUAAAGUUUAAACCAUAUUCGAGGCACUUCUUUUAUUAUAGUUCUGUCUUUUAUUGACUUGUGUGAAGAAAGUAUCAAACACAGAUGGUAGACGUCUAUUGUAAAAUUUACUCAUAAAGACUGCGAUAUUAAGAAAGACAAGGUCAGGCAAUUUAACAAUAUUUAACACUGUCUAUCGACUGUGUAUAUUCAAAUUUCAAACACUUACUUACCGGAAUAGCUAACCCUGUAUGAAUGUGUCGUUAAUGUUUGUAUUCAGCCGUAAUUUUUAAUUCGAAACUGGACCAUGCCAUACUGAUGACGUGUCACUACCCAGAUCUGAGUAGUGUUGCUGAUUGGUUGAAUAAAAUUUCCCACGCGGCAGGACCAAUCAGAAGCACUACCCAGAUCUGAGUAGUGAGGCGUCAUCAGUAUGGAAUUUCUGCCCUCGUUCUUCGGACGUCAUUUGGCGGGGAAACCAGUGGUAGCGUCACCAAAUGUCGGCUGUUUUCUCAUGCUAAGUUUUUGUUAGUUUGCGAAUACAGCUGUCUCUCCUUGCUUCUCACCGCUAGGUAUGUUCUCUCCUGCGAGACGUCCUUAGCGGCGAGAAGCGUUGGGAGACGGCUGUAUUCGCAGGCUAGGAAAUUUGCCCCCGUAAGGAAAUCCAUAAGCUGAUCAUGACGCUUCGAGUGCUGUCCCUUGGUCAAUUUGAAUUAUUUCUUUCAUGUUCAAGGGCAUCCUGUCGUUUGGUACUAAUGAAUUUAGUGCAUGUAUAGGUUUUAAAUUAGUAUGUUCGAUUUUGAAAGGUCCUCAACCAAAGGGAAAAGAAAGAGCAUCUACAACAAGAACAUGCACACCACACCCUUCUGCUCUUACGCACUGCACUUGGAUUGGGCAAGGACAGAGAGGCCAUUUUUAGACGUGAUCCAAGAAUAUUGUCCAGAAAGUCUCAGUUUCUCUCAAACUACGAUAAUUUAAUUCAGGACAUCCUCAAUCAGAUUCAGUAUAACAAAGAGGAAACCAGGAAUUUGCAAGGAAGGAUUCAAGAACACAGCCAACGAAUAACCGCUUUAGAGGGGAAGAUGGCCUCUGAGAAUAUAUCGGUUGGAGCGUCACCUUGCCAACUCCUUACUAAUUCUGAAGGUAGCCUUACCCAUAACGAUAUAACCAGAAGACUGACUAAUGUUGAACACAAAACCGCAGACCACGAAGUGCUCUUGGUAGAAAGUAAUCGCACUGUAAUGGAGACGAGCAGGGAAGUAAACAAUGUGAAAAGACAGUUGGAGGGUGUCCAAGACACUGCAAGGAGGACAGAAAGACGGAUUGAUUCUAUUGAACACACGUUAGCUUUAAGAAACGUUACCCUUGCUGAUUUAGAAGAGUACGUUAGGCAACAAGAAUUUUCCAGCUACGACGGCCAGCUACUUUGGAAAAUAACUGAAUUUACAAGGAAGAGAAAUGAAGCAGUCAGCGGUCAACAGGUGUCUUUUUAUAGCCCACACUUCUUCACAAGCCGUUAUGGCUACAAAAUGUGCGCUCGUAUCUAUUUAAACGGUGACGGCAUGGGCCGUGGAACGCAUAUCUCCGUGUUUUUUGUUGUCAUGCGUGGUUUGUAUGAUGCAAUUCUUCGCUGGCCAUUCAGACAGAAGGUCACGUUCAUGUUGUUGGAUCAAGAUAACGUGGAACACGUGAUCGAUGCCUUCAGGCCUGAUCCUAGCAGCUCAUCUUUUCAAAGGCCAAGAAGAGAAACAAACAUCGCCAGUGGGUGUCCCAUGUUCUGCUCCCUAACUGAAUUAAAUAACCACGCCUAUGUGAAAGAUGACACUAUGUUUCUCAAAAUUAUAGUAGAUACUUCUGAUUUAUAA